UGUUGUUGGAGGCGGCAAAAAAAAAACAAAAGUUGUUUAUCGCAAAAAAACAUUAAUUUCUUGGGCAGAAUUUAGGGAAAUCGAUUGGAUAGCAAGUAUUGCAGCUCUUAGUAAUGGCCGUCAACAUGUACGGCCCGAUGCCCAACCAUCCACCGACCAAUCCGAACCCGAUGGACUUGAUCGCCAUCAAGGAUAUCUAUCCGGGUUUGAAGAACAUCAACGUUAUCUUCAUCAUCCUGGAAAUCGGCCCCGUAACACUGACGAAGGAAAACCGAGAAGUGCGCACCUUCAAGGUAGCGGACCAGAGUGCUGCGAUAAACGUGUCGAUUUGGGACGAACCCGGAAAACAGCUAUCACCGGGGGACAUUGUGCGGCUGACGAAAGGAUACGCCGCUAUUUGGCGACAGUGUUUAACGCUGUACUCGGGGAAGAACGGCGAAAUAGUUCGGUUGGGAGAUUUUUGCUACAACUUUAACGAGAUGCUUAACAUGAGCGAACCGAACCCAAAUCUCAAUCCCUCGAUGCCACAACCGAUCCUCAACAAUGGAACCGGCACCGGUCCCAACGGUGGCGGUGCUAACAACAAUGGCACGGGAAAGUCGAUCGGAUCGGCCGCCAAACCUAUGCCCAACAGUGGAUCCUUGCAUCCCGGCGGACCUGGAGGUGGUGGUGGUGGGCAGCCACAACCGAAACCACACUCUGCCACCACUCGCUAUUCCGUUGCGGCCGCAGCGGCAGCGGCAUCCACCACACCCCCCGCGCCUAGCAUAAUGAAACCAUCACAAAAGAAUUCCCCGCGUGCGGGACGGAACAACCAGGGAAAAGGCGGCGCCGUGAAGAACGAUCGGAGAUAACAGUUAGCUAAUCAGCAGGUGGAUGAGCUGCCGGUUGGCGAUGGAUUUAGUCUGAAGUGCAUCGAAUAGUGUGAUGGCGCAGGGUUUGUGAGAGUCCUCUUGGCCAACGGUCGAUGUACGGUACAUUCGAGGGAAAAUAGAAGAGGAAAUCUGCGGACAUUCCUUCUGGGAAGAGACCAUCAUUGAUACGACAACGACACGAUAAAGAACCGGAACAAGCCGGAAGACGACCGGUAGCGGAAAUGGGCUGGAAAUACGGAAAAUAUCUCGAUAUCAACCGGGACUAGCUCAGUUGGGGUGGGAAGAGGUCAGUGGUUGUAGAACUAACGGAUAAAUAAAAUAUAGAUAUUUGCCUUCGAAGGGAA